UGGGCCGCGAGGCGGGGCGAUGGCGCGCGGGCGGGGCGGGGCCUCGCUGCGGGCCCGGGCCAUGGCCGCCGCGGAGGCCGAGGCAGUUCCAGCAAAGGGGGAGGUGAAGCAGGAAGGCUGCAUGAAAACGGAGCUGCUGGGAGAAGACGUCCCCAUGGCUGCCGAUGAGGGCUCAGUAGAGAGGCAGACGGGAGAGGCCCACAUGGCCGCCGACGGUGAAGCCAACGGCUCCUGUGCAAAGAGUGGCGACAGCAGCCCCCCGAGUGCAGCCAAGCAUGCCCAGGAGGGCACAGAGGGCAGCCCGCAGGACAGCCUCAGUCAAGCUCCCCGCAUAGCGGAGAAUGGCGUCUCAGAGAGGGCCGUGGAGCCAGGGAGGCCGAACCAUGUCCCGGCUGAUGACUUCGUGCAGACUUCGGUCGUUGGCAGCAACGGCUACUUCCUAACUCAGCCGGCCCUGCAGGGCCAGCCCAUGAGGACUAGCAGCUCUUUGGCCUCCUCACUUCCUGGCCAUGCUGCCAAGACGCUCCCUGGAGGGGCUGGCAAAGGCAGGACUCCAAGUGCUUUUCCUCAGACACCAGCCCCAGCGGCAGCCAUGCCUGGGGAUGGGGGCACGGACAUGGAGGACAGGAAGCCCCCUGCCCCUGGCACCGAUGUCAAGGUGCACAGGGCACGCAAGACCAUGCCGAAAUCCAUCCCAGGCCUGCUUGCAGCCAGUAAGGAUGCCAGAGAUGUCCGCGUAGCUGGAGACCCCAAGGCUAUGAAGGAGGAGGUCAGCAAGAGCAUCUCUGACAUGGGACGACAGCCACUUCUGCCUCCCUUCCAGACCCUUCAUCAGUCACUACCUCAGAACCAGUGCUACAUGGCCACCACCAAGUCGCAGACAGCUUGCUUGCCUUUUGUUUUAGCAGCUGCAGUGUCUCGCAAGAAAAAACGAAGAAUGGGAACCUAUAGCCUGGUUCCUAAGAAAAAGACCAAAGUAUUAAAACAGAGGACGGUGAUUGAGAUGUUCAAGAGCCUAAGUCAUUCCACUGCGGGUCCCAAGGGUGACAAAGACCUGGGGGACAGCGCCCUGCACAUGAAUGGGGAGAGCCUGGAUGUGGACUCCGAGGAGGACGACUCAGAUGAGCUUGAGGAGGAGGAGGAGGAACCUGGGGCUGAGCGGGCAGCUGCGUUUCCCACUGAGGACAGUAGGACUUCCAAAGAGAGCACCUCGGAAGCUGAGCAUGCCCAAAAGGCGGACGGCGAGUCUGAGGAGGAGCCAGAGUCAGUGGACACGGGGGAGGAAGAGGAAGGCGGAGAUGAGUCUGACUUGAGCUCCGAGUCCAGUGUCAAGAAGAAGUUCCUCCGGAGGAAAGGGAAGACUGACAGCCCGUGGAUCAAGCCGGCCAGGAAGCGGAGGCGGAGAAGCAGGAAGAAGCUGAGCGCACCAGGUGCUGAGCCGUAUAAGUCGUCCUCUGGCAGCACAGAGCAGGUGGCGCCUGGGGACAGCGCAGGGUAUGUGGAAGUCUCGUUGGAGUCCCUGGAUCUCCAUGUCAAGGGGAGUCUGUCUUCAGCAGAAGGGCUGGCCAGUGGUCCAGAUGCACUGGAGACAGACGGCCUUCAGGAAGUGCCGCUGUGCAGCUGCAGGAUGGAGACCCCCAAGAACCGCGAGAUCACCACUCUGACCAACAGCCGGUGCAUGGCAACCGAGAGCGUGGGCCAUGAGCUGGGACGCUGCACGAACAGCGUGGUCAAGUACGAGCUGAUGCGCCCGUCCAACAGGGCGCCGCUCUUGGUGCUGUGUGAAGACCAUCGGGGCCGCAUGGUGAAGCACCAGUGCUGUCCUGGCUGCGGCUACUUCUGCACGGCGGGCAACUUCAUGGAGUGUCAGCCUGAGAGCAGCAUUUCCCAUCGUUUCCACAAAGACUGUGCCUCUCGUGUCAACAAUGCCAGCUACUGUCCUCACUGUGGGGAGGACACCUCCAAGGCCAAAGAGGUGACAAUAGCCAAGGCCGACACAACCUCCACAGUGACUCUGGCCCCUGGGCAGGAGAAGAGCUCAGCUGCAGAAGGCCGAGCGGACACCACCACGGGCAGUGCUAUAGGGUCGUUGCUCUCCGAGGAUGACAAGCCGCACAAUGCAGCCGCCCAGACGGUUGAAGGCUUCGAUCCCACAGGACCUACUGGGCUCACCAGGCCCAGCUUAGGGUUUUGCCAGGGACCUGGAAAGGAAACCUUGGAGAGUGCGUUGAUUGCCCUGGACUCGGAAAAACCCAAGAAGCUGCGCUUCCACCCAAAGCAGCUGUACUUCUCUGCCAGGCAAGGGGAACUGCAGAAGGUGCUGCUCAUGCUGGUUGAUGGAAUUGAUCCCAACUUCAAAAUGGAGCACCAGAGUAAGCGGUCCCCACUGCACGCUGCGGCGGAGGCUGGCCACGUGGACAUCUGCCACAUGCUGGUUCAGGCGGGCGCUAACAUUGACACCUGCUCAGAGGACCAGAGAACCCCACUGAUGGAGGCCGCAGAGAACAACCACCUGGACGCAGUGAAGUACCUCAUCCAGGCGGGGGCACUCGUGGAGCCCAAGGAUGCAGAGGGCUCCACGUGUCUGCACUUGGCUGCCAAGAAGGGCCACUACGAUGUGGUUCAGUACCUGCUAUCCAACGGACAGAUGGACGUUAACUGCCAGGAUGACGGGGGCUGGACACCCAUGAUCUGGGCCACUGAGUAUAAGCAUGUGGACCUCGUGAAACUGCUGCUGGCCAAGGGCUCCGAUAUCAACAUCCGGGACAACGAAGAGAAUAUUUGCCUACACUGGGCAGCAUUCUCGGGCUGCGUGGACAUAGCAGAGAUCCUGCUGGCCGCUAGGUGUGACCUACAUGCCGUGAACAUCCAUGGAGACUCACCCCUGCACAUCGCUGCCCGAGAGAACCGUUAUGACUGUGUGGUCCUCUUUCUUUCCCGGGAUUCAGACGUCACCUUAAAAAAUAAGGAAGGGGAGACGCCACUGCAGUGUGCCAGCCUCAACUCCCAGGUGUGGAGUGCCCUGCAGAUGAGCAAGGCACUCCGGGACGCGGCCCCCGAUAGGCCUGUCCCUGCGGAGCGGACGGUGAGCAGAGACAUUGCCCGAGGCUAUGAGCGCAUCCCGAUCCCCUGUGUCAACGGUGUGGACAGUGAGCCCUGCCCCAGCAAUUACAAGUAUGUCUCCCAGAACUGCGUGACGUCCCCCAUGAGCAUCGACAGGAACAUCACUCACCUGCAGUACUGUGUGUGCAUCGACGACUGCUCCUCCAGCAACUGCAUGUGCGGCCAGCUCAGCAUGCGCUGCUGGUACGACAAGGAUGGCCGGCUCUUGCCGGAGUUCAACAUGGCAGAGCCACCCUUGAUCUUUGAGUGCAACCAUGCCUGCUCUUGCUGGAGGAACUGCCGCAACCGUGUUGUGCAGAAUGGCCUCAGGGCGAGGCUGCAGCUCUACCGGACGCAGGACAUGGGCUGGGGUGUGCGCUCCCUACAGGACAUCCCCCUGGGCACCUUCGUCUGCGAGUAUGUGGGCGAGCUGGUCUCUGAUUCUGAAGCAGACGUUCGGGAAGAAGACUCUUACCUCUUUGACCUUGACAAUAAGGAUGGGGAGGUGUACUGCAUCGAUGCCCGUUUCUACGGCAACGUCAGCCGCUUCAUCAACCACCACUGCGAGCCCAACCUGGUGCCCGUGCGUGUCUUCAUGUCCCACCAGGACCUCCGCUUCCCCAGGGUCGCCUUCUUCAGCACCCGCCUCAUUCAAGCUGGAGAGCAGCUGGGGUUCGACUAUGGAGAGCGCUUCUGGGACAUCAAAGGCAAACUCUUCAGCUGCCGCUGCGGCUCGCCCAAAUGCCGGCACUCGAGCACAGCCCUGGCCCAGCGGCUGGCUAGCACUGCACAGGAGGCCCAGAACGGCCUGCCGGACACCAGCUGUACGGCUGCCAGCGACCCACUAUGAGGCUGCUGGCCAGCCAGCCAGCCAGCAGGCUCCAUUUAGA